ACUAAAACUUAAACUCAAUAGUUUAUAGGUUUAAAAUCAUGGAACCUAUGGAUGUGGAGGCUAGUCCUGUUUGUUUGGAUUUGGACUCGUACAUAAGUCAGUACGUUGGGAAUGUCUGUUUACAAAGAUUAAAGUUUUACGUAGACAACUCCCGACCUUCCAGUGACAAUUACAGGCUGUUAAUUCAGACUGCUAUGGACUGUAAGAACAUAACAGUGUACACUGACGCAGUUGAAGCCCUCAACAACACCUGCCCUUCUGAGGGGAUAUCUGUUAACGUGGAUUGGAUCACACAAACCUCCAAAUACCUCAUCAACAAAGUCGACAGAUUGGAGCAGGAUUUAAAAAGCUACCAGUUGUCUCAAGAUAAGGAGAACAUUAGGAGAACACACCAGAUGUUGGGAGAUCACUACCAUGACUGUGGCGACCUAAGCAAUGCGAUAAAACACUACCAGAAGAGCCGAGACUACGGAACUACUGUUGCCCACACGAUGGAAUUCUUAUUAAACAUUAUUAAAGUGAGCGUGUAUCUGAACCACUGGACGUCUGUCUCUAACUACAUCAAGAAAACAGACCAUAUUGAUAACACUGACGUUAAAAUAACGAGACGGUUACUGUUAGCUAAAGGAUUAUGCGAAAUGUCUCACAAUAACUACAAAAAUGCUGCUAGAAUAUUCUCAAACAUUCCUUGUGACACGUGGGACAACGAAACGAUUUCCCCGUUAUGUGUCCUGGUCUACGCUAGUUUGUGCGCUCUGGCUUCGUUCAAUAGGAAAGAUUUUCAGAAGUUACUUAUCGAAAACAACAACUUCAAGCAGUAUAUGGAUGCUCAGCCCACCAUAAGAAAUUUCAUGUUUGCAUUUUAUAACCGUGAAUACAGUGUUGGGUUGAGAGCGUUAGAACUGUUAAGAAGUGAGUUCAAGUUGGAUCUGUUCCUGAGCCCUCAUGUUGAUAAUCUGUUCGAGAAGAUACGCAGUGAAUCUAUCAAACAGUACUACAGCCCUUAUCUAACAUGUGACAUGAACAAGAUGGCAGAGGCUUUCAACACGACUAUUGAGGAUUUGGAACUAGAGCUGAUGAAACUUGUGGCUGACCAGCCUGUCAGGAUCGACAGUCAUAACAAGGUUUUAAGAGCAAGCGAAGACGACGAAGGGAGUAGAAUAUUUGAGAACGUGUUGGACCUCAGUCUGACAUACAAGCAGAAAACCCAAGCACUGCUGGUUAAAUCUGCCAUACUGAAAGCUGGUCUUGUUAUCAAGGCUGCUGUAGAAGAAAAGCCGAGUACAAGCACUUGAAGGAAAGCUGGAUAAAACUGAAAUCUAACCUCAGAACUCAGCGCGUUCUUUUGAGUCAUACCACUUCACUAUAACGACGAUGCAGAUGGGUUAUUGUUUUUGGGGAUACUGGGUAUAUUGUAUUUGAACUGGGUUUUAAACAGUGAUGUGGACAAAAGAAAUGAUGUUUAAAAUAGCGAUAAAUUAAUUUGUCAAGAGAGGACUACAUUGAAAUUAUUUGAUAAAAUUCACUUCACCACAUUUGACAAGCACUUAGAUUAUAUUCGUAUCAAAACAACGUAAAAAUGUGGAAAAGCUACAAAACCAAAGAACACUUAUUUGAUGUCAGCUUUAUACGGGAGAAGAAGUUCUGGAAUUUGUGCUCGAAAUAUUUAAACUUGUCUAGCAAAAAGUAAGAAAUAAUAACUUAAUAUCAUCAUAGCAAGACUGGUUAAGAUAUUGUUAUAAGUAAAUGUUUUUGAAUAUAGCAAUUUGCCAAUUAUCAUUGUAUGUUUAAGGUUUUACUUGAAUUAAUUGAAUAAUAAUGGAAGAGUUUCUGAUUUAUCUCAUUGUACGGAUAAUUUUGAUAUAAAAAUCACCUAGGGGAC